AUGGUUGCAAUCGAUCCUGGUCAACCUUUGUGGCAUAUCGCACUGGCUCAUUCGAGUCUUUGCGUACAUGAUUCGUUUAUAAAAAGAUCCAAGAGUUCAAGGGAUUUAUCCAACCAUUCUCAGGAGAUCUCAUCUUUGCAGAAUAAGGACAUUCCACCUAUAUUUUUUAAUGAGCAGCAACAGGCAAUUUAUCGUCUAAUCAAAAUAAUAAAAACGAGGCAUUUUUCAAGUGAAAUGAAGGCACUUAGCAAUCACAAGGCGGUUCCUACAUACAGUCCUAUCUUAAAAUUAAAUCCAUUUCUUGACGAUUCUGGCUUCUUACGUGUCGGCGGUCGUUUAAGAGAAUCCUCUUUGCCUUAUGCCUCCAAGCAUCCAAUGCUGUUGCCUGGAAAUCAUCCAUUUUCCCGCUUAAUUGUGAUACAUGAAUAUGAAAGGCUUUCAUGCCGGACCACAAGCUACUCUGGCCGCGCCACCAAGGCAGUCCAUAUCGAAUUAGCGUCUAACUGGUCGUCAGCAUUUCUAAACGUCUUCAGGCGGUUCGUAGCAAGAAGAGGUUUCCCUUCGGACAUCUUUUCUGACAAUGGACUAAACUUCGUCGGCGCCGAACGCGAAUUGAAUAGAGUGCAAUGGCGUUUUAUCCCACCACGGUCUCCCCACCAUGGAGGUUUAUGGGAAGCCGCCGUGAAGGCGACCAAGCGACAUUUGGCUUACAUUACAAAGAAUUCCAAUUUGAAACGCGAGGAGCUGGAAACAUUACUCAUCCAGAUUGAAGCGAUAUUGAACUCGUGUCCGCUCAUCCCUCUUUCCAAGGACCCCAACGACUUCACCUCUUUAACUCCCGAACACUUUUUAGUGGGUACACCUCUCACAGCUUAUCCAGAGCCAUCUCUAGACGAAACCGUACUUAAACCGUUUCUCCCGAUGACAGUACAUACAGCUAUUGCGACAACAUUUUUGGAAACGAUGGACUCGCGAGUACCUUCAUCAAUGCCAGGAGCGUAA